AUGGAGAUAGAUCAGUGUCUGCUGGAGUCUCUCCCGUUUGGCCAGCGCCAGCGGCUGGUCAGGAGAAUGCGCUGCGACCAAAUAAGGGCGUACUACGAGCGGGAGAAGACCCUGCAGAAACCGGGAUGCGGAGUCAAGGUCAAAGCCCCGCCCACCAGCCACAGGAAGCGGCACCGCAUUCGCUUCAGCCUCGGUGACGUCAUACAGGACACCAUCAUAAGCCACGACGACAAAGAAGGUGUGUAUGUGUAUUUCUGUGUGUAUGAGGGCGGGGGGUGGGGGGUGGGGUGGAUGUUAGCUACACACACAUAUAAUAUAAUAUGUCAUUUAGCAGACGCUUUUAUCCAAAGCAACUUACAGUCAUGCGUGCAUACUUUUUUACGUAUGGGUGGUCCCGGGGAUCGAACCCACUACCCUGGCGUUACAAGCGCCAUGCUCUACUAAUUGAGCUACAGAGGACUCCAAAAGGGUUCUUCGGCUGUUCCAGGGAGAACCCUUUUUGGUUCUAUGUAGAACCCUCUGUGGAAAGGGGCCUACAUGGAACCCAAAAGGGUUCUACCUGGAACGAAAAAGGGUUAUUCAAAGGGUUCACCUAUAGGGAUAGCCGAACAACCAUUUUAGGUUCUAGAUAGCAUACUCACACUUGAGAGUUAAAGCUAGUUUUUAUGUAUUUCCAGGGAUUAUAUCUAUCAGUAAAACUGUCCUAGAUUUGUGAAGCCGAUGGCAUCAUAUCUGAGUUCAGUAAGAUUCCAUUUGAACUAUUGAGUUCUGACAGUUCUAUUAGCUUUGAGUCAGUGCAAACAGAAUAGGCAGUGGAGGGUUUGUGAGUAGUACUGAGUAGUACAGGCUACAUGCGACCUACUGUCUCUGCACUUACAUCAUUCUCUGCAAGGCGAGGGACCCUUUCAAACAUCACACGCACACCACACACACAUACUCACCUUCAUUGAGACACUUGGCCAGUCUGCAUGGUUUGGGUUUGCUCUCUCCACACCCAUCUCUACAGUACAUACUACAUACCUACAGCAAUGAAACAGACCUCAUAGCAUCAUUAUCCCAUCUCUCUCUCUCUCUCUCUCUCUCUCUCUCUACUUCUCUACUCUAGCUCUCUCUCUAGUCUACUCUCUCUAUCUCUCUCUCUCUCUCUAUCUCUCUCCCUCCCUCUCCCCUCUAUUCUGUUCCUCCUUCAAUAUUCUCUGCAUUUGCCUCUCCCAAGUUUCAGCGGCUAAUCAGUAUUCUGCUGAGAGUGAGUGAGUGAGCGUGAAUGUGUGUGCGUGCGAGCGAGUGUGUGUGUGUGUGUGCAGCAGCUGGGAAAUGGCAGGUGGAUGUGUUAAGGGUGAGGAGUGGCCAUUAGCUUACAGUAUAAACUCAUUCUUCACACUGUUACAGGCUAGUCUGGACACUAACUCUCACACACAGACAGACACACACACACUCAUGCAAACACACCUAGCUAAUACAAAUGCAGCUCUUGGGAGAGAAUCAGAUGUAAGUAGUAUGGGAUCGGUAACGAUGACGAUGCAACAAUUACAGAGUUCAGAUUUCAUUCAUUCAGCCAAAGUCGCCUAUUUCUGCCUGUGACUUUGCGGCGAGGAUUAGCAGUACCGGUAUUCUGACUGUAGUCUAACUCUCUAAGACAGUUGGGCAGAUUUACUGUUUCCGUGGUGUGUGCGUGUGUCUGUGCGUGUGUCUCUGUGUGUGUCUGUGUGUGUGCGUGCACGUGUGCGUGUGUGCUUGCAUGUCUGUGUGCAUGUGUGUGUGUCUGGAACUCCCCAUUCUAACCACUAAGAGUUUCCUUAUUAGGGAUUCUGCCGAGGCAUCUGAGGGGAGAGAAGGAGCUCUUGUGAGUCUGACUCGAAAUCAGGCAGGGAUCUAAGGGAGGGUUGGAGACUACCAUUAAAGCCACAGGCCCAUACACACAGAACUGCAGUCAAAUACACUUUAUGUCUUCAUGAAGUAUCACUACUACUGGAUACUCAAUGAGGCUUAGGGGAGACUUGCUGCUUUUAGUAUAGAAACAUAUUUAUCUCACUAUGGCCAUGACUAGAAACACCUAUUCGCAAAGCGGGAGAGUGAAAGAAGGCAUGAUAUAGGAGUAGAGAAGCGAGAGACUAUAGCAUCUCUCUAUCUAUAUAUAUCUAUCUCUCUCUCUCUCUUCUCUCUCUCUCUCUCUAUUCUCUCUCCUCCCUCCCUCCCCUAUCUCUCUCUCCACCCAUGCUCUUGUGUUGCCAGCCGUUUUCCCAGCUGUCUGUGUCAGACCUCCCAGCAGCCAUUGCAGGUUACUAUGCUAAUCUCCCCUCUUUGGCUGCCAAUGAGCUUCAGCUGGUGUGCCCAUGCAACUGCUCGACAGAAACCUGGGGCCUUUGACUGGACAUGAAUUGCCGCUGUUUACCCCCGACUAGAAAGCCUAUUCACCAUUUCAACAGCAUGGUAGAAGACUGGCACAAGACUAGCUUUUGUUAUGGUGGGUAUAGUCAUCUGCCAACCAGUGGUCUGACUAACUAGACUUGCAACAUUCAAGGCCAGGUUGGACAAUGUUGUUAGAAUUAGGAAUUAGAAUACUAGAAUAUUAAGAAUAGUUAUUUUAAAAGGAUCUUUAUGGUGUUGGACAAGAUGUUGUACUGCAGACUUGAUGUUCCAUGGAUAGACUACAUUCCGUGUAGAAGGAUACAUGAUGAGAAGUCUAAUUGGACUCCAUUGGACUGAAUUGCAUGUUUGUUGUUCCUGCUAUUAGUGCAUAUUUGAUGCUCCUAUGAUCAUCUUUGCUAUGAUUAUCUUUGGUCUGUUGACUACCUACUCCUUAUUAAGGAAACAGUGUGUUCGGUUCUGUCUGUGUGUGUGUAGUGUUUCUUGGAGGCAAUGUCAGUUUCUGUGUCUCUGUUUGUCUGUGCCAAUUACUGUGUGGGGAACUUACAGUAGUUGCUUCGCAGAAUGUUUCUGUCUCCAUCCCCAUAUCCAUUUAUAUGGAGGGAACAUGUUCGCCUCAGGCCCACUUCUUCUUAGGAGGGAUCUGGGAACAUUUCUGGAAUUUCAUCCGUGGCAAAAUCCUUAAUCAUUUUUGGAGAGGAGGAAAUGUGUAAAUACCCACCAUGUGGAAAGGCCUAGGGGUCCAUAUGGGGGGGGGGGGGUAAUUUAGGGGGCUUGCCUUUACCAAGCUUCCCAAACCCUGUAAAACCGGAAUACCGGACUCAGCACGAAACAUGAGGAGGUGGGAGGAUGUGUGGAAAGAAAAUCAAUGCUUGGUAUUCCACAGGGAUCUCAGCUCAGCCCGUUGUUCUUAGUGAUGAAAUCAGCUCCUCUGUUCUGGAGAUGAUGGGAGAAAUAAAACUCUCAUAGUUGAAUGUAGCUGAUUGGGUUGUCGCGUUGCUUUAUCUUGCAAAGGCCUUAUCUGGUGGUGAAUCUCUCAUUGAAGUGGAAAGCCAUGAAAUGAGAGUGAUAGACUGUGUCCAAACGGUUUAUCUAGCCACAGCGAGCCAUGGGGAUAUUAUGCUAUGCAGUAUCCGUGGAAUGAAUGUCUUCUGCAUUAGAUGUGUUAGGUGCUCGUCAUAAACAUCCCACCUCCCUCUGUAAUUACUUUUAUUUUUACAUUUUCAGCAUAAUUCAUUCUUGAUUGAUACAGUAUUGGCCGCUGAACCAAUAGAGUUGAGAAAACAACACCUUGUAACAUGACUCGUUAACAUUUAAAGGAUGCAGUGUAUGUGUUUGGCAUCUCUCUCUUUCUCUCUCUCUCCGUCUGUUUGUCUAUCGUAAUUAAACUUGGUCAGUAUGGAGCUCGCUUUGGGCACAGAUUCACAGAUAGACUAGAAACACACUCUGCUGACGAGGCAGGCUGGUAAUAAGAGAUGUACACACACACUCACAUACACACCCACACACACCCACACACACUCACACACACCCACACACACUCACACACACCCACACACACACACCCACACACACACACACACCCACACACACCCACACACACACCCACACACACCCACACACCCCUUAUCAGCAAUCACUGAUGGAAGCAGAUAGGAAAAUAAAGAGCGACAGAGAGGGGAGGAGAUGUGGAGCGGAGAAAAGAGAUUGAAUGGGGAAAAUUUGAAAAGGGAGGAGAGAGGGCUAUGAGAUCCAAAAAGUAUAAUGUGAGAAACAAAGAAAAGGAAAAAUGAGGGUGGGAUGAAUGAGAAAAAAAGAGACAAAGAGAGAGACUCAAGCCCUAUGUAUCAGCUUGAUUCCUCCUUGCCAUAUGUAAACUGGGACUUCCAUGCCUAGUGACAUUUGGUGAAAUUGCCUUUCUAAAGUAAUCUCUUAACUUCAUCAGCGGAAGGCAAGGCUGUGACCGGAGCAUCUGUUUCCCUUGACAGGCGUGGAACCCCAAAUCAAUUCCCAUCAUGUUGUUCCUGUACCGUUCCAGAAUGAUAUGGAAUAUUCCAAGCUGGGGUAUGGUUGGUAUAUACCUGUGUUAUUGAGGUGAUAUUGGAUGUUACAUUCCCAGCCAACAUCAUAAGUCUGAUGAGAUUGAGUCUAUAUGAAUGAUUUUUAUUCUCUUAUAUGAGGUUAGAAUGGGGUCUGGUAGAGCGAUACACUACAUGAUCAAAAGUAUGUGGACACCUCCUCGUCGAAGAUGUCGUUCCAAAAUCAUGGGCAUUAAUAUGGAAUUGGUCCCCUCUUUGCUGCUAUAACAGCCUCCACUCUUCUGGGAAGGCUUUCCACUAAAUGUUGGAACAUUGCUGCAAGGACUUGCUUUUAUUCAGCCACAAGAGCAUUAGUGAGGUUGGGCACUGAUGUUGGGCGAUUAGGCCUGGCUCGCAGUCGGCGUUCCAAUGCAUCCAAAAGGUGUUCGAUGGGGUUGAGGUCAGGGCUCUUGUGCAGGCCAGUCAAGAUCUUCCAAACCGAUCUCGACAAACCAUUUCUGUAUGGACCUCGCUUUGUGCACCGGGGCAUUGUCAUGCCAAACUGUUGCCCCAAAGUUGGAAGCACAGAAUCGUCUAGAAUGUCAUUGUAUGCUGUAGCGUUAAGAUUUCCCUUCAGUGGAACCAUGAAAAACAGCUCUAGACCAUUAUUCCUCCUCCACCAAACUUUACAGUUGGCACUAUGCAUUGGGGCAGGUAGCGUUCUCCUGGCAUCCGCCAAACCCAGAUUCGUCCGUCGGACUGCCAGACUGUAAAGCACUUGGAGGUCCCGUUCUGUGAGCUUGUGUGGCCUACCACUUCGCGGAUGAGCCGUUGUUGCUCCUAGACGUUUCCACUUCACAAUAACAGCACUUACAGUUGAUCGGGGCAGCUCUAGCAGGGCAGGAAUUUGAUGAACUGACUUGUUGGAAAGGUGGCAUCCUAUGAUGGUGCCACUUGAAAGUCCCUGAGCUCUUCGGUAAGGCCAUUCUCCUGUCAAUGUUUGUCUAUGGAGAUUGCAUGCCUGUGUGCUUGAUUUUUAAACCUGUCAGCAACGGGUGUGGUUGAAAUAGCCGAAUACACUAAUUUGAAUGGGUGUCCACAUAUUUUUGUAUAUAUAGUGUAUAGAUAUUACCUGGGUAUGAUAGAGUGGCUCUCUCCCCAGCUGCAGUUCACAGCUGUUUGAUAACCUUAUAAUCAUAAUCUAGGCAUCGCAUCUCAAUGCCUUUAAAACACCUGUUUAAUAUUAGCUCAUCUACCCUUUGUUACUCAAUAUGACCUAACCCAAAGAGGGUGUUUUAACAUCAGAUUUAUAAUUCAUGAUGACAUGAUUAUGUGAUAGUGUUGUGAUUGAUUUAUUAGUUAGAUUUCAUACUACAUCAUAUCAGAGUAUGAUAAUGCUUGAGAUUAUCUUUCACUGUUGGUACUAAUGUACUGUACAGUAGAAUCAGCAUCAGUGUGUGGGUGGGUGUCAUGCCGUGCAAGCAUUACACAGUCAACUGAGACGUCCUGUCACUUAAUUAAGACAAAUGUGAUUACAUGUGGGAAGGAGUGACAUAUCUUUCACAAUCUGGAGAAGGGAAAUCACCCUCUCUCCUCUAAUCUCCGUACUCUCCUCCUCUCUCCCUCUUCUCCUUCUCCUCUCUCUCUACUCUCCUCCUUCUCUCUCCCUCCUCUCCUCCUCCUCUCUCCCUCCUCUCCUCCUCCUCUCUCUCUUCUCUCAUCCUCUCUCCCUCCUCUCCUCCUCCUCUCUCCCUCCUCCUCCUCCUCCUCUCUCCCUCUCCUCCUCCUUCUCUCUCCCUCCUCUCCUCCUCCUCUUGACUCUGUCCUCUAUUGAUCAACAGGUAUAGAUCUAGACAGACAGACAGACAGUGCGUAGCCUAGCACCAGUAACACUGUGUCUGUCUGUAAUCAGCUCCCUGAGAUUGAAGGACGUAGAAGCACUAAUAGCCUCCGCUGUCAUGGAUUCAUGUCUUCAUCACCUCAGAGUUUAGCACCACACACACCUUUGUCAAGACAAAUAGCCUACAUUCACAGUUGCGCUAAUUGCAUGUCUGAAGACACAGCUUGAACACAGGUUGGCAUUUAUUAGGAUGACUCAUGUACCAGAGGCAGCUUUGCAGAGUGGUCACUAGCUGGCACAGCCACAUUGUCAUAAAAUCUGAUUUUAAACCUAACCCUAACCUUAACCACACUGCUAACCCUAAUGCCUAACCCUCACCUUAAAUUAAGCAAAUGUUUGUUUUCAUGAAUUUUUAAGAUAUAGCUAAUUUUGAUUUUGCAGCUGGCCCAUCUAGCAGAAAUCACCUAGGUCUGCCUCUAGGACAAGAUGAAUUACAACAAACCUAAACCUGCAGCUUGAAAACAUGGGGUACAUACAGCUAGCUUUAGUAUUGUCCAUCUUGAAGAUAGUCCUCACCCCCCAGACAGCUCUGGUACAGUUAUCUGUCUGUCAGAGCUAGAAGCUGGCUGGUUGUCACUGCCACACAUUGAUCCCUUUCCCAGGGGCCUUUGCAGUGGAAGGUACAAAACCUCUCUGUUGAUGUAAUGAGAGAGAAAUAGAGAAACCAGCAAUCUGUUUCUCAAACGAAAGGCAAUGACUGACUCUCUGUGAACAUUGAUCUGUUUCCCAAAUAAGGAAACAGAUCAAUGUUUUUAAUUGUAUCUAACCGAUGUGUGAAUUUAGCCGGAUACAUUACUUGAAGAACAGGAGGAGUGUAGGAAUAAGGAAAAUAAAUACUUGAAUUCAUUUGUUGCUAGAUUUGCUCAGUGCAAAUGUAAUUUAGAUUCAAUUUCUUAAAGAUGAGCUAUGCUGUAUUCGCUCCACCAUUUCCUGGUUGCUAAAAUUCUUAUAAUUUGUCUAAUUUCAGUUUAUGUGACAAAACAAGCAAGUAUAGUAUAGAGUAUCAUUGUACUAUCUAAACUGCUGUGCAAUAUCUUUUCCAUAACCAAAAAGGAUGUAUUAUCAGCUGUUUGAAGCUGGUGUACAAAAGUAAAAGAAGCAAAAACUAAACCUAAGAAUGGGAAGCAUAUAAAUAGCGCACCUAGAACAGAUCUACCACUUCUUAGACUUUCACUGAGAAUGACAGAUCUAUAACUCAUAUUUAUAUUGGAUUUGGUUUCAGGUGGUCCCAAAGUUAUAUAUUGCAGCUUUAAUUCUGCUGCAGAAAUACCUUUCAGCCUUUUCUAAUUAAGAUGACAAACUCCAACAGACUACCAACUGAAUGUCCUUCAAUGCUCUUAGUGGGAGAUUGUUCAGGACAUAAGACAAUAAACUUGGUUAACAGGUUCUAUGAUUCUGUCAACAAUGCAUUCAAACUACCUUCUAUCACACAUUUACAGCAUUUAAGACUUGCUUUAAUCUUUCUUUAAAAUGUAUAACAGCCUAUAUACAGUGGGGAAAAAAGUAUUUAGUCAGCCACCAAUUGUGCAAGUUCUCCCACUUAAAAAGAUGAGAGAGGCCUGUAAUUUUCAUCAUAGGUACAUGUCAACUAUGACAGACAAAAUGAGAAAAAAAAUCCAGAAAAUCACAUUGUAGGAUUUUUAAUGAAUUUAUUUGCAAAUUAUGGUGGAAAAUAAGUAUUUGGUCAAUAACAAAAGUUUCUCAAUACUUUGUUAUAUACCCUUUGUUGGCAAUGACACAGGUCAAACGUUUUCUGUAAGUCUUCACAAGGUUUUCACACACUGUUGCUGGUAUUUUGGCCCAUUCCUCCAUGCAGAUCUCCUCUAGAGCAGUGAUGUUUUGGGGCUGUCGCUGGGCAACACGGACUUUCAACUCCCUCCAAAGAUUUUCUAUGGGGUUGAGAUCUAGAGACUGGCUAGGCCACUCCAGGACCUUGAAAUGCUUCUUACGAAGCCACUCCUUCGUUGCCCGGGCGGUGUGUUUGGGAUCAUUGUCAUGCUGAAAGACCCAGCCACGUUUCAUCUUCAAUGCCCUUGCUGAUGGAAGGAGGUUUUCACUCAAAAUCUCACGAUACAUGGCCCCAUUCAUUCUUUCCUUUACAUGGAUCAGUCGUCCUGGUCCCUUUGCAGAAAAACAGCCCCAAAGCAUGAUGUUUCCACCCCCAUGCUUCACAGUAGGUAUGGUGUUCUUUGGAUGCAACUCAGCAUUCUUUGUCCUCCAAACACGACGAGUUGAGUUUUUACCAAAAAGUUCUAUUUUGGUUUCAUCUGACCAUAUGACAUUCUCCCAAUCCUCUUCUGGAUCAUCCAAAUGCACUCUAGCAAACUUCAGACGGGCCUGGACAUGUACUGUCUUAAGCAGGGAGACACGUCUGGCACUGCAGGAUUUGAGUCCCUGGCGGCGUAGUGUGUUACUGAUGGUAGGCUUUGUUACUUUGGUCCCAGCUCUCUGCAGGUCAUUCACUAGGUCCCCCCGUGUGGUUCUGGGAUUUUUGCUCACCGUUCUUGUGAUCAUUUUGACCCCACGGGGUGAGAUCUUGCGUGGAGCCCCAGAUCGAGGGAGAUUAUCAGUGGUCUUGUAUGUCUUCCAUUUCCUAAUAAUUGCUCCCACAGUUGAUUUCUUCAAACCAAGCUGCUUACCUAUUGCAGAUUCAGUCUUCCCAGCCUGGUGCAGGUCUACAAUUUUGUUUUUGGUGUCCUUUGACAGCUCUUUGGUCUUGGCCAUAGUGGAGUUUGGAGUGUGACUGUUUGAGGUUGUGGACAGGUGUCUUUUAUACUGAUAACAAGUUCAAACAGGUGCCAUUAAUACAGGUAACGAGUGGAGGACAGAGGAGCCUCUUAAAGAAGAAGUUACAGGUCUGUGAGAGCCAGAAAUCUUGCUUGUUUGUAGGUGACCAAAUACUUAUUUCCCACCAUAAUUUGCAAAUAAAUUCAUUAAAAAUCCUACAAUGUGAUUUUUUUUUGGGAUUUGUUUUCCUCAAUUUGUCUGUCAUAGUUGACGUGUACCUCUGAUGAAAAUUACAGGCCUCUCUCAUCUUUUUAAGUGGGAGAACUUGCCCAAUUGGUGGCUGACUAAAUACUUUUUUCCCCCACUGUAAAUGCAUAGCUUAAUGCCUCUUACAGUAUUCAUGAAGCAUUACUCACAGAGGUUCACAGAAAGUAUUCCCCAAAUAAUGCUGUGGAAUUUCAAAUCCCAACGCUUCACUAGAGGACUUUUUCCGCAUCACAGAUCUCGUCAUGGAAAUCUGUGAUCUUAGAAUGUUGUCUUGUCUGAGAACAGUGUAUAUUGUUCUUCCUUAAGGAGGGAAACAGAGAGAAGACUCCAAAGCUAACUUAGAAAACAUGGAGCAGACAGUCGAAACGAGGGAUUCAGGUGACUAUGAAUGUGUGAUAAGAAGCACUGAGACAGAAUCAUUUAGAGGGAUGAGAACUUACAAUCAGUUUCAUAUUGGAGGGUUGGAUGGGGUAUGGGGGGGGGGGGGGGGGGGGGGGGGGGGGGAUACAUAGGGAAUAAUAUGGAUGGUAAAAAGCAGGGCUGUGACGAUACCAGUAUCGUGAUAUUUUUUAUGGCAAAAAUAAAAACACGAAGCAGACUAAACUCUUUGGUCCUUUAAAAACCAACUGUAUGUAAAAUAUUGUGUGCUAUAGCAUUAGGGCUGUUUUCCUAAGGAAUUUAAAUAUGCUUCGUGUUUUAGUUCCUUGCCACGAUACUAACGAGUAUCGCAAUACUGGUAUUGUCCCGGCCCUAGUAGAAAAAUAAGUAAGGUGAAAAAAUAAGUGAUAGGAGAAAGGAAACGUGUGUCAAGUUAUUGAAAAUGCUAUGAAAAUAUGCUCAGAAUGAUUUGAUGGAGCAAGAGGAUGACAUCUGGAGAAUGGAAAUCACCCUCUCUCCUCCUCCUCUCUUUUCUUCCUCUCUCCUCCUCCUUUCUCCUCCUCCUCUCUCCUCUUCCUCAUCCUUUCUCUCUCCUCUAUAGAAUAGAGAGCUGGAUUGAGUGGGAACUGAACAAUUGUAUUUGGAUCCCAUCCUCUUAUGGAUCAGCCUAGAUACACGCACGAUGUUUUAGUCCCUCUUCCCCUGUCCCUAGAGGCAAAGCUACAGUAUAGCUAUAUACUUAUCAUUAAGUCAGCUGACAUAGCUCUCAGGGCUGUAGUGGAGCAUCACUUCUAUUGUAUAUCAUUAACUCAGCUGACAUAGCUCUCAAGGCUGUAGUUGAACAUACUGUAAUUAUACACCAGUGGCUCGCUAAUGUUGUGCUAAUGUUUUGGAGACUGGAGGGCCUCUGCCAGGUCUGACACAUUUUGAAAUUGACAUUUUAGUCAUUUAGCAGACACUCUUAUCCAGAGCAACUUACAGGAGCAAUUAGGGUUAAGUUCCUUGCUCAAGGGCACACCUAGUCGGCUCUGGGAUUCGAACCAGCGACCUUUCGGUUGCAGCCCAACAUUCUUAACUGCUAGGCUACCUGCCGCCCUAUGGUACAAGGACAUAUUUCCCUGACUGGAAUGAGUAGAGACACGUUCCCCUGACUGGAAUUAGUGGAUACAUUUUCCCCUGACUGGAAUGAGUGGAGACAUGUUCCCCUGACUGGAAUGAGUGGAGACAUGUUUCCCUGACUGGAAUGAGUGGAGACAUGUUCCCCUGACUGGAAUAAGUGGAGACAUGUUUCCCUGACUGGAAUGAGUGGAGACAUGUUUCCCUGACUGGAAUGAGUCUGACUUAGUGUCUACAUCCACAGAAAUGUUUCUCUAUGUCUGAUCUGACUCUGCAUCUAUAACUGAUAAGGAGACUGUCGAGUCAUCAGGAAAAUAUUCAAGUCUGGCAUUUGGAUUCAUACUGCAUUCCAUUCAGUGUUUGUAUUCUGGUUGCAUCUGGUUAGAGUUUGGCUGCAGAGAAGGGACUGUAUGAUAGCCAGUAUGUGGUAAUCCUUUGGAGGGCUGAAGAGUGGAAUAUGCUGAUGGGGAGGAUAGAGUCAUCUUUUACUGUAAAGACGAGUGGAUGAAAGACUAAGUCUGUAGCGGAGGUCUGGAAUUGACUGAGAACAUCUAGUGAUGUGGUCAACCCUACUGGACUCUGUGUGUAGUUCUCUCUCUCUCUCUCUCUCUGCUGUGCUUGUUGAUCUCAGCUCUCUCUCUCUCUCUCUCAUUCUGCUUCUCUGAUGUGCUUGUUGUGCUCCUCUCUGAUCCCUGUCUUCUCCCCUUCCCUCCCCGCCUCUCGCUCCCCUCCCCUCUCUCUCUCCCUCUCUCUCUUUCCCUCGCUGGCGUUUGUUCGCUCUCCUCUCUCUCCUCUCUCUCUCUCCUCCUCUCCUCUCCUUCCCCUCUCUCUACUCUCCCCGCUCGUCUCCUCUCCUCUCUCCUCGCCCCUCCUCUCCUCUCCCUCUUCCGUCUCUUUCCCCUCGUUCUCUCUCCUAUGUACACCUUUCUCUCUUUUCUCCCCAUCCCUUCGUUCUCUCGCUUCCCCACUCUCCCGUGAUUCAGCCAACGCUUUCACACCCUCCCCACUCCACAAGAGCCCAAUUUUUCGUUUUCCAUGGAAACUCACUAUUACACAAGCGUUUCAUUUUCCCAAAGAAGCCGUUUUUUUUCUUUUGACUUUGUUUUAGAGAAACAGCCUAUGAAAACAGAAAGGACCCCACCAACGCGGGAAAAGUUUUUUUUUUUUUUUUUUUUUUUUUUUUUUUUUUUUUUAAAAAAAAAAAAAAAAAAAAAAAAAAAAAAAAAAAAAAAAAAUAAGAUCGGUUCACCCCACGUGACUACACAGCCAAUUAGCAUGUCACCCAUGUGACUACACAGCCAAUUAGCAUGUCACCCACGUGACUACACAGCCAAUUAGCAUGUCACCCAUGUGACUACACAGCAAAUUAGCAUGUCACCCAUGUGACUACACAGCGACUUAGCAUGUCACCAACGUGACUACACAGCCACUUUGAGAGCUGGUGUCAGCCAGACUAACACUGAAUAGUACCUGUCAAUCAAUCCAAUAGUAGAGACGCAUGGGGCGGCGCACAUUGGCCCAGCGUCGUCAGGUAAGGGAGGGAAUGGUGGCAGGAUGUACUCAGUUGUAGAGUGGCGUUUGCAAGCCAGGGUUGUGGGUUCGACCAUGGGGCCAUAAAAAAAAAAUGAUGUAUGCACCACUAACUGAAGUCGCUCUGGAUAAGAGCGUCUGCUAAAUGACUAAAAUGUAAAUGUAAAAUGUAGAGCAGGACAGUGGCUAAGGUUGGCAUAUGAACCACUAGUAGAGCAGGACAGAGGACUGUGUUGAUAUUUGGACCAAUAGGAAAACGGAGCAUUGGGUGGUGUUGAAAUAUGGACCAAUAUAGAACAUUGGAAAGUGUUGACAUGAUCUAAUAGAAUAGAAACAGAACAUCCACCAUAUGGUCCAGCAUACAGCAAUUAUCUGUCUGAUUGCCCUGAGGGUCAAUACAUACUAUAGCUCUUGACUUCUGACCUCUGUUGAGUCACGCUCAACUAAAGUGGGUGUCGGGUGAGGCAACCAGCACAUAUCACAUUGCAAAUAAAACCUUAGGUUGGGAUUAGAAACUAAUACUACACUAAUGAUUCAUUGAAAUCAACAACAGUACUGCAACCAUUUCAUAUGAACUGCUUUAUCUCUGUUAAAUGUAGCUUAAUUACUAACAUAACUGGGAUUAUAUUCCUGAGCCUCAGGCAGGAGCGAGAGAAGGCGUGUGUGUGAAUGUGUGUGUGUAAGAGAGAGAGAGAGAGAGAGAGAGAGAGAGAGAGAGGAGAGAGAGAGAGAGAGAGAGAGAGAGAGAGAGAGAGAGAUAAUUGUGUUGAUUGACUUAAUGAAAGCUGUGUUCUUCCUCAGCAACCAUUUAGAUUGACUUAAUGAAAGCUGUGUUCUUCCUCAGCAACCAUUUAAGCGCCAUUAAGCACCAACGAGUGUGGAUGUAAAUGUGUGUGUGUGUGCUUGUGUUUCGGUGACUGUGUACUCAUACCUGCGUGUCUGUGUACUGUACGGGCCUGUGUGUGUGUGUGUUUAUAAUUAUAAUUCAUCUAUAAACAAUUAAGGAUCUUGCAUUAUCAGGAAAAAACUGAGAUUGGUUGGUUGAUCUGUGAGGUCCUUACAGUAUGACCUAUAAAGAAAUGAAUGGAGCAGCCUGUAAAGGUAUUUUGAUGAUCUAACUGACUAACAAGUGAUCCCACUGGUUCUACUGAAACAUGCACUGCAUGGGCAAACUCUACUGCAGUACUACUGUUAAAUUACUGUUACACUGGUGCUAAGUCCUAGCUCAGCUCAACAUGUAUCCGCCCUACCAGCUGCCGUGUGUGUGUGUGUGCGCACACUUGUGCGAGUGUGAUCCUUAAAAACACAUCAGUUUAGAUAACGACCACUUAGGCUAAGCGACCCCAUGGGGUUCAUCACUAGGGUUCAUAGGAUGGAAAUUACAGUGGUUAUUACCCUCACUGCUAACAGCUCUGGUUAAAUUAUUGUUUGAGAGUCAGUGAGUUAGUGUGUGCACAGGUGCUUUAUAGGUUGGUGUGUGUGUGCGUGUGUGUCUGUGUCUUGCGUGACAGUGUAGUUUGGUGUUUUGCUGAGGUAAGGUCUCCCAGUGUUUAUUCAGCAUCCAUCUUGGCUUGUCACUGUUGUUGAGGGAAAAUGUCUAUAGCCCUCUAUCUCUCUGUCUCUCUGUAUCUCUCUCGCUCUCCAUCUCUCUCUCUGUCUUAUCUAUCCGUCUCGACUUCCAUCUCUCCCCGUCUAUCAGUGUUCUCUUCGCUGUUUAUCUCUCUCAUUCUCUCCGUUUCUCUCUAAGUCUGUAUCUUCUCUCGUCUCUCUCUCUCUACUUCAUCGUCUACUCUCUCUACUUCUAUCAUCUCUAUUCCGUCUCUCUCUAUGUACUAUCAUCUGUCUCUCUCAUCUCUCACUCCGUUUCUCUCUACUCAGUCUUGUCUAUCUCUCCGUCUCUCUCUCUCAAUUUCUCGCUUUAUCUCUCUCUCUCUCUCUCUCUCUCUCUUAUCUCUCUAUCUCUCUCUCUCUCUCUCUCCUCUCAGUCUCUUCUCUCUCGUCUCUCUCUCUCAGUAUCUCUCUCAUCUAUCUCCGUCUCUCUCUCUCUCCGUCUCUCUCUUCUCUUGUCUCUCUCUCUCUUCUAUCUCUCUAUCUCGUCUCUCUACUCUCUCUCAUUCUCUCUCUCCGUCUCUCUCUCGUCUCUCUCUCUCCUCUCUCGCGUCUCUUCCUCUCCUCUCUCGUCUCUCUCUUCUCUCUCUCUCUCCGUCUCUCUCUCCGUCUCUCUCUCCGUCUCUCUCUCUCUCCGUCUCUCUCUCUCCGUCUCUCUCUCUGUCUCUCUCUCUCCAUCUCUCCGUCCAUCUCUCUCUGUCCAUCUCUCUCAAUUCCUCAUGCUCUCUGUCUUUUCAUCUCCUCCGUUUCUCCCUCUCAAUAGAAGCAUUAUUGCCUUGGUUUGGGAGUGGUUUGGGAGUGGUUUGGGAGUGGUUGGGCCAGAUCUGUGUGAGUCUUUGAGUAAAGGAUCAACAGUUCAGUGUUGCUUUCUUAAUAGAGUACAGCUUUUUGUAAAGCAGAUCUACAGUACAAAUCAAAAGUUUGGGCACCUACUCAAAGGUUUUUCUUAAUUUUUUACUAUUUUCUACAUUGUAGAAUAAUAGUGAAGACAUUAAAACUAUGAAAUAACACAUAUGGAAUCAUGUAGUAACCAAAAAAGUGUUAAACAAAUACAAAUAUAUCUUAUAUUUGAGAUUCUUUAAAGGAGCCACCCUUUGCCUUGAUGACAGCUUUGCACACUCUUGGCAUUCUCUCAACCAGUUUCAUGAUGUAGUCACCUGGAAUGAAUUUCAAUUAACAGGUGUGCCUUGUUAAAAGUUCAUUUGUGGAAUUUAUUUUCUUCUUAAUGCGUUUGAGCCAAUCAGUUGUGUUGUGACAAGGUAGGGGGGGUAUACAGAAGAUAGCCCUAUUUGGUAAAAGACCAAGUCCAUAUUAUGGCAAGAACAGCUCAAAUAAGCAAAGAGAAACGACAGUCCACCGUUACUUUAAGACAGGAAGGUCAGUCAAUCCGGAAAUGUCAAGAACUUUGAAAGUUUCUUAAAGUGCAGUCGCAGAAACCAUCAAGCGCUAUGAUGAAACUGGCUCUCAUGAGGACCGCCACAGGAAAAGAAGACCCAGAGUUACCUCUGCUGCAGAGGAGAAGUUCAUUAGAAUUAACUGCACCUCAGAUUGCAGCCCAAAUAAAUGCUUUACAGAGUUCAAGUAACAGACACAUCUCAACAUCAACUGUUCAGAGGAGACUGCGUAACUCAGGCCUUCAUGGUAGAUUUGCAGAAAAUAAACCAUUACUAAAGGACACCAAUAAGAAGAAGAGACUUGCUUGGGCCAAGAAACCCGAGCAAUGAACAUUAGACCGGAGGAAAUAAAAUUUGAGAUUUUUGGUUCCAACCGCCGUGUCUUUGUGAGACGCAGAGUAGGUGAACGGAUGAUCUCUGCAUGUGUAUUUCCCACCGUGAAGCAUGGAGGAGGAGGUGUGAUGGUGUGGGGGUGCUUUGCUGGUGACACUGUCAGUGAAUUUAGAACUCAAGGCACACUUAACCAGCAUGGCUACCACAGCAUUCUGCAGCGAUACGCCAUCCCAUCUGGUUUGCGCUUAGUGGGGCUAUCAUUUGUUUUUCAACAGGACAAUGACACAAAACACACCUCCAGGCUGUGUAAGGGCUAUUUGACCAAGGAGAGUGAUGGAGUGCUGCAUCAGAUGACCUGGCCUCCACAAUCACCUGACCUCAACCCAAUUGAGAUGGUUUGGAAUGAGUUGGACCGCAGAGUGAAGGAAAAGCAGCCAACAAGUGCACAGCAUAUGUGGGAACUCCUUCAAGACUGUUGGAAAAGUAUUCCUCAUGAAGCUGGUUGAGAGAAUGCCAAGAGUGUGCAAAGCUGUCAUCAAGGCAAAGGGUGGCUACUUUGAAGAAUCUAAAAUCUAAAAUAUAUUUUGAUUUGUUUAACAUUUUCUGGUUACUACAUGAUUCCAUAUGUGUUAUUUCAUAGUUUUGAUGUCUUCACUAUUAUUCUACAAUGUAGAAAAUAGUAAAAAUAAAGAAAAAAUGAGUAGGUGUGUCCAAACGUUUGACUGGUGCUGUAUGUCUGUGUGAGUACAGUCAAAUAGAUGACGGUUUGUAGAGCAGAAUGAUCAGAUCUGUGUCAGUGUGUGGUGCAUGAUGUAGAUACUACAUAUCUGUGUCAGUGUGUUAGUGCAGUGCACUCUGGCUCAGUAGAGCUGAUGUAAUAUGAUGUGACGUGAGGGAGUGAGCCGUGUGUAUCCAGGCAGGCGCUCCACCUAUCACACCUGCUGCUGUAAUGGUAGUGAGCUCACACACUCUGAUACACUCUGACUGCCUGACUGAUAACUGACUGACGUCUGAUAACUGACUGAUAACUGACGACUGACUGACUGACUGACUGAUGCUUGAUAACUGACUGACUUACUGAUGACUGACGACUGACAGAUGACGGAUUGAUGACUGACUGACUAAUAACUGAUGACUGACUGACUGAUGACUGACUGACUAAUAACCAACUGAUAACUGACUGACUGAUAACUGACUGACUUACUGACUUACUGACUUACUGACUGACUGACUGACUGACUGAUGACUGACUGACUGAUGACUGACUGACUGAUGACUAACUGUUAACUGACUGACUGACUGAUGACUGACUGAUGACUGACUGACUGAUGACUGACUGACUGAUAACUGACUGAUGACUCACUGACUGAUGACUGACUGACUGAUGACUGACUGACUGAUAACUAACUGAUAACUGACUGACUGAUACCUGACUGACUGACUGGUGACUGACUGACUGAUGAUUGAUGACUGACUGACUGACUGACUGAUAACUGACUGACUGAUGACUGACUGAUUACUGACUGACUGACAACUGACUGACUGAUGACUAAUGACUGACUGACAGAUUGACUGACUGACUGAUGACUGACUGACUGACAACUGACUGACUGAUGACUAAUGACUGACUGACAGACUGACUGACUGAUGACUGACUGACUCCUCUAGGGCACACAGAGUACAGUGGGGAAAAAAGUAUUUAGUCAGCCACCAAUUGUGCAAGUUCUCCCACUUAAAAAGAUGAGAGAGGCCUGUAAUUUUCAUCAUAGGUACACGUUAACUAUGACAGACAACUUGAGAAAAAAAAUCCAGAAAAUCACAUUGUAGGAUUUUUUAUGAAUUUAUUUGCAAAUUAUGGUGGAAAAUAAGUAUUUGGUCACCUACAAACAAGCAAGAUUUCUGGCUCUCACAGACCUGUAACUUCUUCUUUAAGAGGCUCCUCUGUCCUCCACUCGUUACCUGUAUUAAUGGCACCUGUUUGAACUUGUUAUCAGUAUAAAAGACACCUGUCCACAACCUCAAACAGUCACACUCCAAACUCCACUAUGGCCAAGACCAAAGAGCUGUCAAAGGACACCAGAAACAAAAUUGUAGACCUGCACCAGGCUGGGAAGACUGAAUCUGCAAUAGGUAAGCAGCUUGGUUUGAAGAAAUCAACUGUGGGAGCAAUUAUUAGGAAAUGGAAGACAUACAAGACCACUGAUAAUCUCCCUCGAUCUGGGGCUCCACGCAAGAUCUCACCCCGUGGGGUCAAAAUGAUCACAAGAACGGUGAGCAAAAAUCCCAGAACCACACGGGGGGACCUAGUGAAUGACCUGCAGAGAGCUGGGAUCAAAGUAACAAAGCCUACCAUCAGUAACACACUACGCCGCCAUGGACUCAAAUCCUGCAGUGCCAGACGUGUCCCCCUGCUUAAGCCAGUACAUGUCCAGGCCGUCUGAAGUUUGCUAGAGUGCAUUUGGAUGAUCCAGAAGAGGAUUGGGAGAAUGUCAUAUGGUCAGAUGAAACCAAAAUAUAACUUUUUGGUAAAAACUCAACUCGUCGUGUUUGGAGGACAAAGAAUGCUGAGUUGCAUCCAAAGAACACUAUACCUACUGUGAAGCAUGGGGGUGGGAACAUCAUGCUUUGGGGCUGUUUUUCUGCAAAGGGACCAGGACGACUGAUCCGUGUAAAGGAAAGAAUAAAUGGGGCCAUGUAUCGUGAGAUUUUGAGUGAAAACCUCCUUCCAUCAGAAAGGGCAUUGAAGAUGAAACGUGGCUGGGUCUUUCAGCAUGACAAUGAUCCUAAACACACCGCCCGGGCAACGAAGGAGUGGCUUCGUAAGAAGCAUUUCAAGGUCCUGGAGUGGCCUAGCCAGUCCCCAGAUCUCAACCCCAUAGAAAAUCUUUGGAGGGAGUUGAAAGUCCGUGUUGCCCAGCGACAGCCCCAAAACAUCACUGCUCUAGAGGAGAUCUGCAUGGAGGAAUGGGCCAAAAUACCAGCAACAGUGUGUGAAAACCUUGUGAAGACUUACAGAAAACGUUUGACCUGUGUCAUUGCCAACAAAGGGUAUAUAAAAAAGUAUUGAGAAACUUUUGUUAUUGACCAAAUACUUAUUUUCCACCAUAAUUUGCAAAUAAAUUCAUAAAAAAUCAUACAAUGUGAUUUUCUGGAUUUUUUUUCCUCAUUUUGUCUGUCAUAGUUGACGUGUACCUAUGAUGAAAAUUACAGGCCUCUCUCAUCUUUUUAAGUGGGAGAACUUGCACAAUUGGUGGCUGACUAAAUACUUUUUUUCCCCACUGUACAAGCCACACACAGGGGAUUAUACUGGAGAGUAGGAAGCUGUAAUGCGUGCAUUUACGCUUGCAGGUUUAUUGGAAAAAUACACUGUUUGUAGGUUUUUCCAAUAACGCUUCAUUUCAAGUAAUAUUGUUUAUCUGUUAUUUUCUUCUUCUGCUGUCAAUAUUUUCCUGUCUAUCUCUGUUGUUACUACAUCCACAUGUUGUGGUUUAUAGGUGUGUAAUAUAUAAACUAAUAUUUCUCUCUCUUUUCUAUGUUGCAGUGCUGCGUCUGCUGAAGGAGGGAGCUGACCCCAACACGCCUAUCUCCUCUGGAGGUUCUCUUCUACACCUGGUAAGAACACACACACACACACACACACACACACAGGGCCGGCUCCAGGAAUAAGCAACAGAAGCGUCCUCAGUUUGGGUCUCAACUUACAAUUGACAGUUAGAAUAGUAGAAUACAACAGAUGCAAUUUAGAAAUGUGGUUUUGCAUCAGCAGUUGAUGUCUUCUUAUGUCACUCAAUUAGCUUACAAUUAGACAUGUACAUUUUUUGAUUGGUAGUUAGUCUAGACAACUAUCUAAAAUGUUUGUAAUCAUGGCUGAAAACUGACCGGGCACGCAAGGCACAUGCCUAGGGGCCUUGACCUCCAGGGGUUCCCCAUUGAUUUUGUUAGCAACUCUCACUCAGAUAUCAUAUUAACAUGGCAAAAUGUGUAGAAUUGUAGGAAAUUAGCUUUAAAGGGGAAUAAUGGCAAAUUUAGAAAAUGUGUCUAUGUUUCUAAAUCCCUCUUGACUCGUUGUUGGACUGUCUGUCAACGUGUGCACAUCUCUGACUCAGGGACGUAGCUCUCGUUCUAGCUCUACCUCGCUCUACCUGAGUGAGAGAGGUUUGCACUUUGACAGACAGUCCAACAAUGAGUCAGAGAUGAAAUGUGAUGUUAUUCCCUUUUAAAACUAAAUGUUCUCUCCACCCCAUGGCAAAAUUGGUAGAAUUGCAGAAAAUGAACUUUCAAAUGUAAAGUUUUCUCUCCGGCAUCAAAAGGGGGGCCACUAAAAUGUUUUGCUGCGAGGUGGAGGGCCCCCUCAACAAAAUCUUGCUUAGGGCACCCAAAAGGCUAAAGCCAGCCCUGCACACACACGCACACACACACACACACACACACACACACACACAAACACACAAAAACAUCCACCUGUUGUUUUUCAGUACUUAGAUUUUUCCCAUACUGUACACAUUAUGACAAUUAAAUGUUACAGCCAACAUGGUGAUAUGAGUUUUUAUUAAAUGUACUGUAUUAUACAUUUCAUCCAUGCAUGCAAAGAAAUAUUGAAUGUUCACUGGACUGUAGAACAUUUAACUAACCAGGCCUCAGCAGAAAUGGUACUGUAAUUGAAAAACAAACAACAAUUUGAAUUGGCUCACCAUUAUCCAACCACCUCUCUCUCUCUUCCUCACUAUCUCUUUCUUUCUCCCUUUCUCUCUCUCUUCAUCUGUCUCUCUCUCUCUCUCGCUAUCCUAUAGUGUGCUCGCCAUGACAACGUGUUUGCUGCAGAGGUUUUGAUUGAGCGAGGGCUAAACGUUAACCUGCAGGAUGAGGACCUCUGGACAGCCCUGCACGUAGCAUGUGUGUGUGACCACGCCGACAUGGUGCUGCUGCUAUUGCUGGUGAGAAACAUGCACACACACACACACACACACACACCAUCAACACACACACACACACCAUCAACACACACACACACACACACACACACACACACACACACACCAUCAACACACACACACACGCCUGAUGUGAGACACCCGUUGGAUGUGAAUGUCUACAUUUAGCAUCACAACAUCAAAACAAUAUUUUCCUAUGGGGGUCAGUCCAGAGGGGUUUGGGUCGGGUCUGGUGUUCUGCAGUAUUAGACUGUAAAAAGGGUUUGGGCCAGGUCUGGUGUUCUGCAGUAUUAGACUGUAAAAGGGGUUUGGGCCAGGUCUGGUGUUCUGCAGUAUUAGGACUAUCAGAGAGGUUUGGGCCAGGUCUGGUGUUCUGCAGUAUUAGACAAUCAGAGGGGUUUGGGUCAGGUCUGGUGUUCUGCAGUAUUAGACAAUCAGAGGGGUUUGGGUCAGGUCUGGUGUUCUACAGUAUUAGGUCUAUCAGAGAGGUUUGGGUCAGGUCUGGUGUUCUGCAGUAUUAGGACAAUCAGAGAGGUUUGGGUCAGGUCUGGUGUUCUACAGUAUUAGGACAAUCAGAGAGGUUUGGGUCAGGUCUGGUGUUCUGCAGUAUUAGGACUAUCAGAUAGGUUGGGUCAGGUCUGGUGUUCUGCAGUUUAGGACAUCAGAGGGGUUGGUCAGGUCUGUGUUCUCAGUAUUAAGGAUCUAUCAGAGGUUGGGUCAGGCCACUGGUGUACUACAUAUAUCUAUCAAGGUUGGGUCAAGUCGGAUACAACAGUAAUAGACACAACACAGGUUGAGUGAGAGUUGGAUGUUAAUAUGUCUACAUUUAGCGUCACAUCAACAUAUUUCCAGGGGUCAUCCAGAGGGUUUGGGUCGGUCUGGUGUUCUGCAGUAUUAGACUAUAAAAGGGUUUGGGCCAGGUCUGGUGUUCUGCAGUAUUAGACGUAAAGGGGUUUGGGCAGGUCUGGUGUUCUGCAGUAUUAGGACAUCAGAGAGGUUUGGGCAGGUCUGGUGUUCUGCAGUAUUAGACAUCAGGGGGUUUGGGUCAGGUCUGGUGUUCUACGUAUUAGGUCAUCAGAGAGGUUUGGGUAGGUCUGGUGUUCUACAGUAUUAGGACUAUCAGAGAGGUUUGGGUCAGGUCUGGUGUUCUGCAGUAAUUAGGACAAUCAGAGAGGUUUGGGGUCAGGUCUGGUGUUUCUACAGUAUUGGACAAUCAGAGAGGGUUUGGGUCAGGUCUGGUGUUCUGCAGUAUAGGACUAUCAGAGGGGUUUGGGUCAGGUCUGGUGUUCUACAGUAUUAGGACAAUCAGAGGGGUUUGGUCAGGUCUGGUGUUCUGCAAGUAAUUAGGCUAUCAGAGGGGUUUGGGUCAGGUCUGGUGUCUAGCAGUAUUAGGUCUAUCAGAAGGGUUUGGGUCAGGUCUGGUGUUCUGCAGUAUUAGGACUAUCAGAGGGGUUUGGGUCAGGUCUGGUGUUCUGCAGUAUUAGGACUAUCAGAGGGGUUUGGGUCAGGUCUGGUGUUCUACAGUAUUAGGUCUAUCAGAGGGGUUUGGGUCAGGUCUGGUGUUCUGCAGUAUUAGGUCUAUCAGAGGGGUUUGGGUCAGGUCUGGUGUUCUGCAGUAUUAGACUAUCAGAGAGGUUUGGGUCAGGUCUGGUGUUCUGCAGUAUUAGGUCUAUCAGAGGGGUUUGGGUCAGGUCUGGUGUUCUGCAGUAUUAGACUAUCAGAGAGGUUUUGGUCAGGUCUGGUGUUCUGCAGUAUUAGGUAUAUCAGAGAGGUUUGGGUCAGGUCUGGUGUUCUGCAGUAUUAGGUCUAUCAGAGAGGUUUGGGUCAGGUCUGGUGUUCUGCAGUAUCCAGGCUCUGUCGUUGCCGGCCGCGACACGGAACAAGAUCCCACAAUACACUGUGCCAAACAGGCUGCCUAAGUAUGGUUCCCAAUCAGAGACAACAAGCAACAGCUGAUUCUCGUUGCCUCUGAUUGAGAACCACCCCGGCCAACAUAGAUACACAUGAACUAGAUCCUAACAUAGAAACACAAACACAUAGAAUCUACACACCCUGGCUCAACAUAUAAGAGUCCCAGAGCCAGGGUGUGACAGGCAGGGAUGUAGCUCAGUUGGUAGAGCAUGGCGUUUGCAACGCCAGGGUUGUGGGUUCGAUUCCCACGGGGGGCCAGUAUGAAAAAUAAUGUAUGCACUCACUAACUGUAAGUCGCUCUGGAUAAGAGCGUCUGCUAAAUGACUAAAAUGUAAAUGUAAAUAGGUCCCUACCCCAUUGAAGCAUAUUUUUUUUUAAAGGCCAAAUCACCUUUAAGUAACAUCAAACCAAAUAUGGAGUUGAUUUCAGGUUAUUUGGACAUUAUAUUUUUAAACAUGUUCACAUGCCCCCAUCGCUUCCAUAGAUUUUUAGCUAGCGGUUGCUAAAGUUAGCUGAAGUUUGUAAUGGCUGUUUACAGAAAACUGAAACAUGAAUUACAGUUUCUCCUGGCCAAUUGACUACUUUCAGUGUGAGGAACCAUCUAACAUUGUAAAAUAGUGAACUACUCCUUUAAGGUAAGGGUUAGGGUUAGGUAAGGGUUAUGGUUAAGGUUAGGGUAGGGGUUAAGGUUAGAGUUAGGGUUUAGUGUAGGGACAUUUCCAAGGAUCUCGGAUAGCACUGACCAUGGCUGUAUCCGCUGGGAUGGAGGGGGCUUGGUGAUUGGGGAGGAGGGGGGUAGCAUUAUUGUCUCCCCCCUCUCUAUGUUUGAUGGCGCUAAUGCUAAAUAUCUCCACAUUGCAAACAGCUUCCCAAUAUCCCAUGCACUCCCAAUACCCUCCAUCAUAUUCCCAACCCCGUUUCCAGCCCCAUUCCAAACCCCCAUUCCCAGCUCAGAGCACUGCUCUGUCUCCCAACAUCUUUCUGGCAGGAUUUAGCCUCUCUGUGUGACUGGUAAUUCCUCUGCCAGAGGAGUGGAGGGGAUUUUAGCCAUUGGGAAAUGUUCCGUUUGGUUAUUAAAAUAUGAUAGGAGCCUAUAGGCAACAGCAGAGUAGUGUUGCUGCAUGCUAAACCUAUCUGGCCUUAUAUUAAAUGUAUGAGUCGGUUUAAAUUGAUUAUAACGAGGGAGUUGUAGUGAGUUAUUUCUUUCAAUAUAUUGGUCAUUAAUUUACAGCUCCUUCAUGUUGAUUCCCCAUGAGAGUAAUGAUCAUUUAUGAUCAAAUAGCCCGCAACCACAAUAGCAACUAUGAAGAAACAACAUGAUUGCUACUCUAGAUGUAGGCCUAGACUGUAGAAACCAUCUCAGUCUAUGGCGUCACUAUAGUUCCCUAUUCAGAGCCUAGACUCCAUCGUGGCAUCGCUGGUCCGUUAUCAUAUCUGAUUUAAUUUCAUUGUGCCAAUUAGUUUCUCCUGAUUUGCAUGGCUAACAAGGCCCAUGCAGGCAGUGAGGAGAUAAGCGAUUGUCGAUUAGCGGCUAAUUGGCAGGUUGUCCUCAUUCUGUUGUAACGUCUCCCAGCCUAUAAACUAGGCACCAAACGGAAAAACACGGGACGAAACAAGGAGUUACUAAUUGAACUUGUUCAAUAAGAAACGCUUGUUUUAGUUUUAAAUAAUAAUAAUAUAAUAUGCCAUUUAGCAGACUUUCCAUUGCACAACGUUUUGAAUUGUUUCAGUUGCGUGCCCUAGCGAUCCCUACCAUGAUCUCAGUUCUCUCUGUUAUGCUUUUAAAUCAGUGUAUUGUUGGAGGUUGCGUCCUGAAAAGUUGGAAGGCAGGGCCUGUCUCUGUCUUGUCUGUCUGGAGUGCUCCUCUGAUGUGUCACGCUGAGUUGUUAACCAACCUCGCUAACACACUUGUUCUGAAAGUUUUGAGUGAACCUUGAAGUUUGUGCUUACUGUUGUGUAAUUCCAGACUGUCUGGUGCUGGGUUUUGAUAGUACGGCUUACAGAAAUCAUCUUAAUAUUACUGGCUUCCUUAACUCCUCAUGGCUUAAGAUGGGAGAUUGUGAUUAAGUGGUUCUCCUGAGAACUGCUAUUGUUAUGAAACUUCCUUUUAGAUUGGUUUAGAGUCUUAUAAUUCCCUGUUAAACUACAAUAGAAGACUGACCCACUUUUGGCACUUGGAACUUAUCAGCCCCAAUACUUUUGUCUUUAAAUACCUAAGUACAUGACCCUUGUCUGAACUCUGGUAAAAUAGUGGAACCUACAGUAUUUUCUUCUGUCUUGGAUUUGACUUCUUCCCUAAAAACUAUGAUUUCAUUUGGCGUAGCGUAGGUGAACAUUAGUUCAUAUAGGUGGUGAUGGUGGAUCACUCCUAGAGUAUGUAGCGAGUCCAUUCUAAGCUCAUUAAACUAGCUUUAGGGACAUGUAAGUGUUUAAGUUCCUCUCCAGGGGGCUACUUUCUCUACAGCCAUCCCAGGGACGUCACUAGUUACCACAGCCACAAAGUCAUAAACACUGCCUAUUUUUUAAAUCUAACCCUAUCCUUAACCCUAACCACACUUAUAACUGUAAUGUAAAUUAAGACCAAAAAGCAAAUGUGUGUUUUCAUGAAUUUUUACAACAUAGCCAAUUUUGACUUUGUGGCAGUGCUAUCUAGUGGAAACCCCAUCCCAGGGGACAAUCCCACCAAGUCCUCUUUGUUGUUGUUGGUAUGGAUCCUACUGAGGUUGCCAUAGUAAUGCCUAUUAUGACACGGGCAUGUUGCGGCGUUAACGGAUUCCUGUCGCCAGGUCAACGAACACUGAUCCAUCAUAAUGCGGCGGUGAGUGUGGAGCGUGUCAAGGUCAGAGGUCAGUUUGUUAACCCCUCACUGCACGCUUGGCACCCGGGAGACAAUAGGAUGCCGUUCGUUUCUACGUCUCAGCGGUUAUUAUCUGCAGUCAGACAGAUGAUGCUCUGUCUCAAUUGAUGGGAUGGCAGACAUCAUAGGCUCCCUGUACCGAGAUAUAAAUUAGUAGUCAUAUCAUAUAAAAUCAUUUAUUUUAAUACAUUGUAUCUAACAUUGUUGCUAUUACAAACAAGGAUUACAUUAGGAUUAAGUUGAGGUGGUCAAACUCAUACUACUCUUUGUAUUACUUUAUACUGCCACAUUCGACUGGCAGCUGGUGCUGUAUUUUCACAUCUGUAGAUGGUGUAGUUGUCUUUCACUGCAUGAUUGACUGCCAAGAUGUCAGCUAGGUAAGAAAUAUGAUGAAUAACACAUGCAUACAUCAUUAACUAUACUGUAACCCCAGAGGCCCCAGUUGAUAUCCUCAGGAGAACCAGUCCAGUAGGUAGAGUAGUGAGUACCCCACAAACCAAGAACAUUCCCAGAACAUUAGCUAAGAUUCCCAUUAAGUUCUAGUUAGCUAGAUAUCACCUGGUGGUGCAGAGGGUUAAUGAUCGGGCUGCAGAGCUAAAGAUUGCAGGUUCAAGCCCACAUAUUCUUUAACCAUGUUUCUUUAGGAAAAAAUUGUGAAAUUGAAAUAAAUUGGUUCUGUCUCCUACUGGUCAUUACCAAGCCUUCUAACAGAGGUGUCAGGACAAUUGUACCUAUAUUUAACCGCCACCAAGGUAAAAUAUAUAUAGCGAGAACAUCAGUUACAUUUUAGUCAUUUAGCAGACGCUCUUAUCCAGAGCGACUUACAGUUACUAAGUGCAUACAUUAUUAUAUAUAUAUUUUUUUUCAUACUGCCCCCCCGUGGGAAUCGAACCCACAACCCUGGCGUUGCAAACACCAUGCUCUACCAACUGAGCUACAUCCCUGGAACAUCAAUGGAAUAUUAUGUUAAACCUAAAACAAAUAUGCUAUGAACAUCAUAAAAACGGACAUUAAGGGAAUGACCUGUGCAACCUAACUUAAAACAUUGAAUGUCAUCACAACUGAGCAUAUUUUGUGUUUUGGGAACCUAACUCUUGUAAUGUAUCCACACUGUUCCCACAACCUAAUGAAAUGUUCUGGGAACCUUUAAAGAACUCAGAAAGGUUGUUCUGUGAACAUUCUUGCAACAUCAAAGGACGUUUUGUGCACCCUGAUACAAACAUUAUCUGAAUGUCAGCACAACUUGUCACAACUUGUCACAUUUUUACAACAUUAUAUAAUCAUCCUCGCGACUGGACAGUUUUUGUGUUAUGAGAACAUUUGCGGCAACCUAACGGAUGUUCUGGGAACUUUCACAUAACUAAUUUUGGCUUGCUGGGUACCCUACUGUAGUAGUCUGGCUGUAGUCACAGCAGGCUGUGUCAGCUGAUGUCUUCAUUAGGACAUUCCCCAAUUGACCAUGGAGCUCAGAAUGACAGGUCAGGGACACCACCUCUCUCCUAUUUACUCUACAUGCAUGCAUGCACACACGAGCACGCACACACACACACACACACACACACACACACACACACACACACACACACACACACACACACACACACACACACACACACACACACACACACAAAUGCAGACUGUUCCUCACCAUGCUCUGGUUUUCUGAAACCAACCCUCACCUGCAGAAAGGCUGUAUGAUUGGCACAUUUGGGCUGGAUGAAAAAAAAAGAAUGAAAACAGACAGCUAGGCAUGCUCUCUCUUUCUCUCUGUCUUUCUUUCUCUUUCUCUCUGUCUCUCUCUUCUUCUCUUUCAAUCUCUCUCUCUACCUCUCUCUCUCUCUUCCUCGUUGUCUCUGUGCCUCUCUCUUUUUAUCUCUCUCUGCUCUCCGUCUCAAAGCAAUAAGCUCUUCCUCAUGAAUAUACACAAAGCACCAACUGAUGUUGAAUGUUAAUUGUAACAUUCAUUAACCCCUAACUAACCCUGCUAAUGAGUAACAACAGCUCCUGCUAGACCAGACCAUAGAGAUGGGUAGGCACUUUACCCAAAGAAACAAAGGGGCAAAUUCCAAAUGCAGACCUCACCACUAUAUUUAAUAUUGGUACAUUACAAAUACAUCAGAUUAACUUAAUGAAUUGUGUUUUAAUUUGCUUGCCAUUGAUGGGUAGAUACAUUAUAUCUGAUGUUUCCCUAGUGUUUUGAGAUUUGUUUUGAUGAAUUGCAGGUUGUUUAAGUUCCAGGUGUUUGUGGUUUGCAUUUAAGGGUCCAGGGCUCUGAGAUAUAAGGGUUUGGACUGCAGGGGGUUUGGGGUUCAGCAUUUGCAGUCACUCUCUAGCCUAUGUCCUUUGGCUAGGCAUUCCUCUUCCUCCAUUCUUUAUAUUAGGUCUUACAAUCUUACAACGCUCUGUAUUUACAAGCGACCCAACGCGCACUCUGACACACUGGCCGCAAUUUAUGAAAGCACCCUUAGCUAGUUGUCAAUCAAAUGCAUUUGCCGUUGAUCAAAUGGGCAGGCAGGCAGGCAAAUUCCCAUUCAGUUGUCAAAACGUGGGUUGGGACAAGCAUGCAUUGGCAGGCAAACUGCAGAAGGACGAGCAGGCUACUAAUCCCCAUCGUUUAUCAGUGCAAUUUUGACGGCCAACUAGCUAAACAAGUUUGAGAGGGUUUAUCUAAUGAUCCCUUGUUAGCUUUUAGCUCAGCUUGCUCUGGCUAGCAUUAGUUGUUGAUCUUGUUGUUGUUGAUGUGCAUAACUGAGGGAGAGAGAGCCUACCUUUUCAUUGUUGUUUGAUCAAUAGGACUGUAAAGUUCCCAAAUGAUAGAGGACUCCCGUGGUAUUUACAUAUUUGCAGAAAUCCAAUCAGGUGUAUUGUGUGGCUUUUGGCGAAUGCUUUCUAAUCAGGUGUAUUGUGUGGCUUUUGGCGAAUGCUUUCUAAUCAGGUGUAUUGUGUGGCUUUUGGCGAAUGCUUUCUAAUGAUCGACUGCCUGUAAACACAUAGCUAGUCCAGUUCAAAGUGAAUGAUGGCAGGCCCGUGUGGCAAAUGACUUAUUUGCGUCAAGGCCUACUAUAGCUCUGAUUGGCUGUGGUGCACCGAUCUGCAUUGACUCCUGUCCUGGACAAGACAGAUGUUUUUAUUAGGUGUAUUUUAGUUGUCCAACGCACAGCCACUUACCCACUCAAUAUUGCUAUAGAAUUUUCACAAAUGCCUUUGUCUAUAUCUCAUUCCCAAACAUUCUAAGAAUUUAUGAAAAUGUGAAAAUGACCAUAUCUAAGUGCUUGCUUGUCAGAAAAUGUAAAAAAUAAAAAAUAAACAAGUGUCAUAUUCUUCCAGGGACUGUAUAUGAACAGAUUUUAAUAAGAUUUCAUGUUGCUAAAAUGCUGUCAGUUCCACUUUCAGUAAGUUAAAGAGAGGGAAAGAGGGGAAAUAGAUCGAGAAAAAGAGGGAAAGAGAGAGAGAGACGAAAAAGGCAGAGUUGUGCACAUACACGUCCCUGCCCUUGGGCCCCCACAGUCCCAUAUUUAAAGGGUUGUUUAAUUCACUCUAUUGAGUGUUAAUGUCCCUGUGGUUCUCCUCAGGUACACACUGCUGGGAGGGCCUGAUAAUUGGGCGUACUUUAUCAUCGAUCCCCCUCUGAUGAAUGACCUGAGAAACCACUCCAUUUAUUUGUGUUUCUCUCCCUCCCUCCUCUUCUCGUUCUAUGGUGGGUUCCGAACAUUCCGUGUGUUCUGGAAGGCUGGGGUGAACGUUUCUACUCCAGGAUGUGAACGGGAACAUUCCACUGGACUACACCAUCGAGGGAACCGAGACCAGCUACAUCCUCCGAAAACACCUAGAGGAAAAUGGUAACACAACACUCCUCACAGGAUUUACUUUUGUGUUGUGUUGUGUUGUUGUGUUGUGUUGUAGCCCUAUUGUCGAUUUUGCAUAAAUGUUCAUAUAAAUCAAAUCAAAUCAAAUUUAAUUGGUCACAUACACAUAUUUAGCAGAUGUUAUUGUGGGUGUAGCGAAAUGCUUGUAUUCCUAGCUCCAACAGUGCAGUAGUAUCUAACAAUUCACAACAAGACACAGAAAUCUAAAAGUAAAAGUAUGGAUUAAAGAAAUAUAUAAAUAUUAGGACGAACAAUGUCUGAGUGGCAUUGACUAAAAUACAGUAGAAUACAUGAUAUACAUAUGAAAUUAGUUAAACAGUAUGUGAACAUUAUUAAAGUCACUAGUGUUCCAUUUAAAGUAACCAGUGAUUCCAUGCCUAUGUACAUACAGUGCAUUUGGAAAGUAUUCAGACCCCUUGACUUUUUCCACAUUUUGUUACGUUACAGCCUUAUUCUAAAAUUGAUGAAAAUUGUUUUUUUUUCCUCAUCAAUCUACACACAAUACUCGAUAAUGACAAAGCAAAAAACGUUUUUUACUUGAUGAUUGAGUUAGAGGCGUGCGUGGCCAUGCAGUCAUGGGUGAACAGGGAGUACAGGAGGGGGCUGAGCACGCACCCUUGUGGGGCCCCUGUGUUGAGGAUCAGCGUAGUGGUGGUGUUGUUUCCUACCUUCACCACCUGGGGGCGACCCUUCAGGAAGUCCAGGACCCAGGGCCUCGAGCUUAAUGAUGAGCUUGGAGGGUGCUAUGGUGUUGAAGGCUGAGCUAUAGUCAAUGAACAGCAUUCUUACAUAGGUAUUCAUCUUGUCCAGAUGGGAUAGGGCAGUGUGCAGUGCGAUGGUGAUUGCAUAAUCUGUGGCGCUAUUGGGGCGGUAUGCAAAUUUAAGUGGGUCUAGGGUGUCAGGUAAGGUGGAGAUGAUAUGAUCCUUAACUAGCCUCUCAAAGCACUUCAUGAUGACAGAAGUGAGUGUUACGGGGCGAUAGUCAUUUAGUUCAGUUACCUUUGGUUUCUUGGGUACAGGAACUAUGGUGGACAUCUUGAAGCAAGUGGGGACAGCAGACUGAGAUAGGGAGAGUAAACACUCCAGCCAGCUGGUCUGCGCAUGCUCUGAGGACACGGCUAGGGAUACCGUCUUGGUCGACAGUCUUGCGAGGGUUAACAUGCUUAAAUGUGUUACUCACGUCGGCCACGGAGAACGAGAGCCCACAGUCCUUGGGAGCGGACCACCAUCUUUCCUCCAGUGAAUAGUAUUUUUUUCUAUCUUUGCCAAGUUUCCACCCACACACAAUGACUCUGGUUGAGGACCUAUUAUUUCGGCAGUGUGACAUUUUGUUCUAGUCCAUAUAACGUCUCUGUGUGUUAAUUUACUGCCUGCUGUAGUGCUCAUUUGCAUCUUAUGGCGGCAGUUAAAGAAAGAGACUAAAGUGGGAAAAUUACUGAAAGAGAUAAUGUCUUAAUUUGAAAAUGAGACAUUCAACAGAUCAUAAGUCAUGUCCACACACAAUUAUAACACAAGAUGAGGAGACAGACUGAAUGAGAAGGAAUGUUCCCACGGAUGGUUGGCUGACGUAUUGACAGAGGAAAAGGUCUCUAUACUGUGUGUGGGUUUUUGUGUGUGUGUUUGUGUGUGUGUGGGUCCAAUCCAGCCCUAUCCAGCCCAGGCCUAUCUAGCCCUAUCCAGCCCUAUCCAGCCCAGCCCAACUUAGUCCAGCCCAGCCAAGGCGAGCCCAGUCCAACCUAG